GGGGCAGUUCUCUUUUUCUGUUUGAGCCAGUGUUGGAGAAGAGUAGAAAGCGAAAUGUGUGACAUAAGAAGUGCAGCACUGCGUUUUCCCUUUUAGACUUAUUACUAUUUAUGUAUGAGGGGAUCAUUUUAGCUGGACAUUAAAAAAAGGUGGGCACACAACAGUAAUGGGAGACUGGGACUUUUUUGGGAAGCUUUUGGAAAGUGCCCAGGAACACUCCACAGUGGUGGGCAAAGUCUGGCUCACUGUACUCUUCAUCUUCCGCAUCUUGGUGCUCUGUGCCGCCGCAGACAAGGUUUGGGGCGAUGAGCAGUCUGGAUUCACCUGUGACACCAAACAACCUGGUUGUCAGAAUGUAUGUUAUGAUGUAACCUUCCCAAUCUCUCACAUGCGAUUCUGGGUGCUUCAGAUCAUCUUUGUCUCCACUCCGACACUGAUCUACCUGGGCCACAUCCUGCACCUGGUGCGCAUGGAGCAGAAACAAAAAUGCAAUGAGGCAAGGAGGGCAGACGAACAGGCACUUUUGAGCACCAAAUCUGGAAAAGGUCCCAUGCGUGAUGAACAGGGGAAGAUCUGUCUGGAAGGAGUCCUGCUACGCACGUAUGUCUUCAACAUCAUCUUUAAAACACUGUUUGAAGUGGGCUUCAUUGUGGCACAGUACUUCCUCUAUGGGUUUGAGCUCAAGCCACUGUACACCUGCAACAGAUGGCCCUGUCCCAACACUGUCAACUGCUACAUCUCACGCCCUACCGAAAAAACCAUUUUUAUUGUGUUCAUGCUGGCUGUGGCUUGUGUCUCUCUGCUACUCAACCUGGUGGAGAUGUAUCACUUGGGUUUCACCAAAUGCCGUCAGGGUCUCCGACACAGGCACUCACAUUCUGUCUGCGACACUGAAUCUAAAGUGCCGAGUGAGGUGGUUCCAUUUGUGCCAAACUACCAGUAUUUCCCUGCUCACGCACCACCUCCAGCUCCCUUUCCCACUGAGCCACACUUCAACCUCUCAGAACCCGAUGGAACUUUCCCACCACAUGGCAGUCGCUCUGCUUACAAGCAGAACCGAGAGAACAUGGCUGUAGAGCGCAGUGGGAAACCAGACACUGCAGAUGUCAAGAUCAACAAAACAGCUAAUUCUGUACCCGGAUCACCAAGCCAGCAACGCAGGCCCAGCCACUCAAGUCGCUACAGCAGCAACAAGACCAGGAUGGAUGACCUCAAAAUCUGAUCAGAAGGAAACAAGACUCCAUCACUGAUUCCAGGCUCUCUUUUUCAGAGUUUGGAACACACAAGAGAUUCCCUCUUUCACUCACAGGCAUGGAGCAUAUGAUGAUAAUUAAUUUACAAAAGUAUCUGAAUGAAAAUUG